AAAGGAUUUGAAAAGGCCAUAGUUGUACAUCAGGUUGCUGGAACUCUCAAAGAAAAUCUGGAUUGGGGAUUUAGAUGUCGCAGCUGGAUCACAAAGUUGUGGCUGCUCCUGCCCAGGGCUUCCCUGUUUGGUGCUGCUUUGCUGCCCUUAUCUUGAAGCAAUAUUGGAAAAACCUGCCAGCAAGGUUUUGAGCCGGCUUGUUUGGCAAGUGUGGGCCACACCUCUGCUUCUCCCAGCUGGAGCACAGCCCAGUCCUGCGCAAAACUUCAGAUGAGCCCGUGGCAAACAGCACUUCUUCGCAGCCAGGCGUCCAGGAGCUUGCCUUGCUCUCUGGGUUUCCCUGUCAGAUUUUCUGCCGAGGCAGCAGGACAUUUUCCCCAUGUUCCAGGAGGUGCUGCGGGGCCCAUUUCCACCCAGAGUGCUGCCUUUUCUGGCAGCAGUGCUUUUCCAAAGGAAGGAGAGGAGAGACACUGGGUUCUAUCACUGGCGGUGGGAAAAGCAUCCUUACUACAGCCUAACAGUAAAAGUCCUCCGAGCCAGAAACAUCAAGGGUACGGACGUGUUAUCCAAGGCAGACUGCUAUGUGGAACUCAAGCUGCCCACUGCAUCUCCCAGUGUCUCCCGAACUCAGGUUGUUGACAACUCUGAGAACCCAGAAUGGAAUGAAACUUUCUGGUAUCGAAUCCAUAGUGCUGUCAAGAACAUUCUGGAGCUGACCCUCUAUGACAAGGAUGUCCUUGUCAGUGAUGAGCUCACCUCUGUGGUCUUUGACGUGGGGGGCGUGAGGCCGGGGGAGCCCCUGCUGCACACCUUCAGGCUGGAGCCCGAGGCUAAUGAAGAGCUGGAUGUAGAGUUCUUCUUGGAGAAAUGCUCAGAUGCCCCUCCAGAAGUAUUGACCAACGGAGUCCUUGUGGUUCGUCCUUGCUUGUGUCUGCAAGGCACUGUCAACAAAGAGGAAAAUGCAAAAGAGAAACAGCAAGGAUGCUGUGAGGUCAAGGUGUCUGUCCCAGGUGCAUAUCAAAAGCAGUUGUCUAUUCCUUGGACACCAGACAAUGAGAAGGAUUAUGGAACCUCAUUUGUCUUUCACGUGGAUAAAGAAAUGUGUCCAGAACUGCAAGUGGAGUUGCAGCAAACCAUAUCUGUCCUGCAGGAUGGUGUGAACCCUGAUAUUGAAAAGCAUACUACAGUUCUGGGACUGGGGACCGUGCCAGUUAAUUCCCUUCCUAUUGGAGAAAAAGUUGAUAAAAUCAUUUCUUUGGGAGAGGGAAAAAGUUUGGAUAUGAGUUUGAAAACUGAAGAGAGCACUUGGGAUCUUGAUAUACGUCUGGGUUUUGAGCUCUGUAAAGAAGAGAGAGAAUUUUUGGACAAAAGGAAGAAAGUAGUUUCUGAGGCAUUGAGGAAGACUCUUGACUUAAAAGAAUCCCCUCCAAAAGAUGAGGUUCCAGUUGUGGCAGUGCUGGGCUCUGGAGGUGGGAUGAGAGCACUGACGUCGUUCUAUGGCAGCCUUGCUGGGCUGCAGCAGCUGGGCCUUCUGGAUGUUGCAAUAUACCUCUGUGGCAUUUCUGGCUCCACUUGGUGUUUAUCAACACUGUAUCGAGACCCUGACUGGUCACAGAAAGACCUUAAAGAUGCAAUCAGAAGAGCUCAGGACACUGUGUCCAGCAGCAAAGCAGGGGCAUUUUCCCCAGAACGACUAAAAUACUAUUUCCAGGAGCUGAAUGCAAUGGAGAUCACUGGACGGAAGGCUUCCUUUACAGAUCUGUGGGGCCUUAUUGUAGAAUAUUUCCUACAACAAGAGGAAGAUCCAUCAAAGCUGUCUGAUCAGCAAGACGCAGUGAAAUGGGCCCAGAACCCUUAUCCUAUCUAUGCAGCUGUCAAUGUGAGACCCAAUAUGAGCAGUGGUGACUUUGCAGAAUGGUGUGAGUUCACUCCCUAUGAAGUUGGAUUUCGCAAAUAUGGAGCUUUUGUUAGAACAGAGAAUUUUGACAGCGAGUUCUUCAUGGGACGGCUUGUCCAGAAACAUCCAGAGCAGAGGAUUUGUUUUCUACAAGGAAUGUGGGGCAGUGCCUUUGCUGCAAGCUUGGACGAUAUCUGCCUGAAGGUGGUUGGUAUAGGACUGAACUUUCUAGAUUCUUUCAAAGAUGUUAUCAAAGUUGUAGAUGACUGCUGAAGAUUCCAUUUCCGAGACCCAGCACAGCUGAAGACUCGCUUGGUUAUACCUGGGGGCCUGAUGUUACAAAUUUUUCAGGAUUUCUUCAAGUCCCGGGUCACAUGUGGAGAAACCUUCAACUUCAUGAAGGGAUUGUAUCUUCAUAAAGAUUAUGUUAACAUCAAGAAAUUUGUGACUUGGAGAGAUACUCACCUGGAUGCAUUUCCCAACCAGCUGACUCCCAUGGCAGAGAGCUUGUAUUUAGUGGAUGGUGGCUUUUCCAUCAACUCCCCCUUUCCUUUGGUACUUCAGCCAGAGAGGGAUGUGGAUGUUAUCUUGUCAUUCAAUUUUUCCUGGGAAGCUCCAUUUGAGGUUUUAGAGCUGACUCAGAAAUACUGUGAGGAGCAUGAAAUUCCUUUUCCAAAAAUCAAAUUUAGUGAAGAAGAUGAAAAGAAGCCAAAAGAGUGUUACAUGUUCGUGGAUGAUAAUAAUCCAAAGGCUCCAAUUGUACUCCAUUUCCCACUGGUGAAUGACACCUUCCAGAAAUACAAAGCUCCGGGAGUUGAACGUGAGUCAGAAGAGGAGAAAUCCUUUGGUGACUUUAUUAUUGAGUCAAAAGAUUCCCCUUACCGUACACUAAACUUCACCUUUGAGCCACAUGAUUUCAGCAGGUUAGUGGAAGUGAAUCGCUACAAUGUUCUGAACAACAAGGACACUCUCCUCAAAACCCUAAACUUGGCUCUGCAAAGGAGGAAGUUGAAGAAAGUCAUCAAUAAGUCAAAUACAUGAGCAGUUUCCAAGGCUGAGGAUACAGAGAGGCUGCAGUGUACAAAAGCCACGAGGUUCAAGACAGAACUGAUAGUGAACAGCUGGAAACUCCCUUCCUGGGGAGGGAGUAGUACACCUGGCACUGAAAACUCAUUCCAGGUUAUGUGCUCUGAUGAAAACUCAAGGGAUGUACAGUAACAUGGAUGUUGCUUCCUUGUGUGGGGAAGAGUAAGGAAUUACCUAGCUCAGUAUCUCAAAUCACAGUGGCUGAUUCCAGAUGAUUUGAGAAGUCUGUCCAAACAAUUCAAGCAUCUGGAGAAUGAUCUUCCAUACUCUACUGAGUGAUGCACCUCUUUUUGUCAAAGGUGUGUUGGUGUUUGAGGAAACAGAUUCUUUCUGUACUUGCUUUAGAACCUCCCCUCAGGAACUUUUACAAUUUACAUCAUCUUAAGAAGAACUCCACAAUUAAAAAUGACUCACUGAGAGAGGAAAUGGCUCCUUUUGCUUUCCCCUUGUUACUGGCUGAUGCCCAUGUGCUUUCAAGACUAAACAGUCAUUACCUGCUUCCCAUUUUGCCAUUCAUGGUUUCAAUUUCCUUCCUACCCUUCUCAAGGAUUUUAAUGGCUUUUAGUCUCCCAGAAAUUCUAUAUGGAGUAUCUUAUUUUGGUAAAGAAUUUGCUUGGUUAACAGGGAAAUAAAUGGUUUUUAU